AUGACUGAAUACAAUUUCGACCAAUUCAUCACGGAGUUUGGAAAUUACAUUGAUGCAAUCGACACUAUAUAUAAACUAAAUACAACUAAUCAAGGAGAAGUUGAGAAAGUUUAUUAUAUAAUUAAACGCAAUUUGAUUAAUCGCCAAGUUUAUUCACCAACUAGGAUAAUUUCAAUAUUAUAUGAUGUAAUGCUUUCGAGGUAUCAUGUUUUUAAGUCAUAUCUACUGAUUAUUAAAUGGAUCAUCGAUGACUAUAAUUUGCAAAGUCUUGAUAAUUGCAACUCAACCCUCUACUUCUUUUUAUACAAGGAAUUUAAAAUGAUAUUCGAAAAUAGAUGUUAUAAUAAUCCUUAUCAAACCAGUCCCCCUUUUCUUGGUGAUAAUGAUUACGAAAUUCCAAUGAUCAAUGCAAUUAUUUACGAUGAUAUAACAUUGUUUAUUUCAUCUACUGAACUUCAUAGCACAAAUUUAAAUCAUUUAAAUGCAUUGUUUUUCACAGGGAAGUUUGACAAACAAUCAAAAGUAUCUCUAAGGAAAUUCACUUUACUUGAAUUCUGUUGCCUUCAUGGAGCUGUAAAAUGCUUCAAGUAUUUGAGGACAGAAUAUAAAUCAAAUGUCACAAAGAAAUGUCUUCAAUAUUCAUUUAUCAGUGGUGUCCCAGAUAUAUUGAAUGAAUGUUUAAAAUAUCAAAAACCAAAUGAAAAAUGCAUGAAAUAUGCAAUCAUUUCACACAACAUUGACUUUGUUACAUUCUUGAUGAAUGAAUAUAAUUUACAAAUAGAUAUCAAUUACUGUGCAAAAUUUAAAAACAUAUCUGCAUUUUUUGUAUAUAUGAAUGAAAAAUUUGAUAUGAAUUCAAUUGAUUCUCCAAAUUGUUUUUAUUGCUCUUUGUUAUUUGCAAUUCCUUCUUUGGUGAAUUUCUUUUUCUUAAAAUCAAACAAAUUCAUUGAGAAGAUCGACAAGCAAAAGGCAAUUUCCAUAACAAUUAAUAAUAAAUGUUAUGAAUUAAUAGAACUUAUUGCUUCAAUUGGCGCAAAUUUAGAUAAACAAAAAGAAAAUGGAAAAACAUUUCUUCAUCAAGCUGCCGAAAGAAAUGAUUUAGAAUUAAUAAAUGAACUUAUUUCUCAAGGAGCAAACAUGAAUGCAAAAGAUGUUCUCGGAAAAACAGCGCUUCAUUAUGCAACAAUACAUAAUCACAUAGAUUCUGUUCAAGCUCUACUUUCACGUGGAGCAAAAGUUUGUCUCAAAGACCAUUAUUAUGGAAAAACUCCACUUCAUUAUGCAGUCGAUAAUAAUAAUAUAAAAAUAAUCAAGCUACUAUUUACUCAUGGAGCCAAUGCAAAUUCAUAUGAUAUUAAUUUCCAAACUGCUCUUCAUUUUGCAGCCGAAAGAAACAAUGUUGAAAUUACAGAACUUCUCAUAUUACAUGAUGCAAAUGUAAACGCAAAAAACAAAGAUGGAAAAACUCCCCUUCAUUAUGCUUCAAUUAAUAAUUGCCAAGAAGUUGGUAAUUUACUUAUUUUAAAGGGUUCAUAUCUCGAUGCUAAAGAUAAAAAUGGAAGAACUCCUUUACAUUAUGCCGCAUAUGCCAAGAAAAAAGAAUUUGUUGAAAUUCUUAUUGCAUCAAGAGCAGAUAUUGAUAUAAAAGAUAUUGAAAAUAAAACUCCACUUCAUUAUGCAGUUGAAAAUGGCAAUAUAGAAACAGCUCAAAUUCUGAUUUCAACUGGUGCAAAUACAAAUGCAAAAGAUAAAUAUGGAAAAGCGCCUCUUCACUAUGCUGCCAAAAAUAAUAAUAUAGAAAUUGCCAAAAUCCUAUUGGCCCAAAGAGGACGGAUCAAUGCAAAAGAUAUUUGUGGAAAUACACCACUUCAUAUUGCUGCAAUUAAUGGUAGUAUUGGAGUCAUAAAAUUUCUCAUUGAUAAUGGUGCUAGGGUUAAUUCCCUUAAUAUCUUAGAUCAGACUCCGUUGCACUUUGCAUCGAUGGUAGGAUAUAUAGAAUCAAUUAAAAUUCUGCUCUCAUAUAAAGCAAAUCCAAAUUUAAUUGAUCGUAAGGGUAUAUCACCAAUAAGUUAUGCAAAACAGAACAUGAAUUUGAAAGAACUCAUUUCAACAUUUGGUUUAACAAGAUAUAUUAAAGACACUUCUAAUUCAUUAGCAUAUAGAGCUAUAAAAUUAUGGCAGUCCCAACGGGAACCGCGGUAA